AUGUUUCACCAUCAGCCCCCUCAAGCCAUAUCUGGGUCGGCAGUGUGGCACCCGCGACAGUUUGGCUUCUCUUCUGAAAUUCUUGCAGCCGGAGAUACUAUGUGUGCAGCCGCAGGAACUCACGGUGCCAACGGGAUACUGGACAAAGCUCUUCCGAAAAUCUCGGAUGAUGAGCGAGUUUGA